AUGCCUACCACUUCUGCCAAUGGAAUGGGUCCCAAUCAAACCGAGACUAUGCCUACCACUUCUGCCAAUGGAAAGGAUCCCAAUCAAACCGAGACUGUGCCUACCACUUCUGCCAAUGGAAUGGGUCCCAAUCAAACCGAGACUGUGCCUACCACUUCUGCCAAUGGAAUGGGUCCCAAUCAAACCGAGACUGUGCCUACCACUUCUGCCAGUGGAAUGGGUCCCAAUCAAACCGAGACUGUGCCUACCACUUCUGCCAAUGGAAUGGGUCCCAAUCAAACCAAGACUAUGCCUACCACUUCUGCCAGUGGAAUGGGUCCCAAUCAAACCGAGACUGUGCCUACCACUUCUGCCAAUGGAAUGGGUCCCAAUCAAACCAAGACUAUGCCUACCACUUCUGCCAGUGGAAUGGGUCCCAAUCAAACCGAGACUGUGCCUACCACUUCUGCCAAUGGAAUGGGUCCCAAUCAAACCGAGACUGUGCCCACCACUUCAGGCAAUGGAAUGGGUCCCAAUCAAACCGAGACUGUGCCCACCACUUCAGGCAAUGGAAUGGGUCCCAAUCAAACCGAGACUGUGCCCACCACUUCAGGCAAUGGAAUGGGUCCCAAUCAAACCGAGACUAUGCCUACCACUUCUAGCAAGUGA